AUGAGCAGCCUCCCGCCCGCCGCCGGGACAUCGCAAGCGGGACUUGCUGGGAGCGCCGAGGCGCCUGGACCUUCGGACUGCGCGUAGGGCCCUGGGCGUGGGAGCGGCGGGCAGUGGCCGCAGCCUCGCCGGCACGGCUGGUCAUUGGCCAGGGACGCCCCCGGGGAAUGUUGCACGGUUUCCUGUGUAGAACGGCCGGCGCCGCUAGAGGGCAGAUGUUCUCUGGCUUGUAGGCUGCCGCGCAUGCGCUGAAGAGGCGGCUUUCUUGUGUCAAAAAAAAAAAGCGAGAAUAAAAGGUGAAGGCCGGCGGCGGCUACACGGGCCACAUGACGAGGUCUGGCGGGCCGGAUUCGGCCCGCGGACCUUGUGUUUGACACCCGUGAUCUAGAACAUUUGUGGUAUAAAAAGUUAUGGGAUUUCAGCAAGCGCAAAGAGCAGUGGGGUCGUUUGUGAGCAGCAUGUGAGCUAGGGCUAAAAAUAAGAGAUCAAAAUAAGUAAAACAACUAAAAACCUAUAGUAAGAACAAAAUUUGUUUGCCAUUAGCAUCCCGAAACCUCUUUCUUUAGAGCUAAUUCUGCAUACCUUGGUUUAAGAACAGCUUAGUUUAUGAACAACUUGGAUUAAGAACGCUGCAAACUCGGAAGGAGGUGUUUUGGUUUGUGAACUUUGCCUUGGAAGCAGAACAUGUUGAGUGUGUUCCAUUUGUAAAUUGAGUCCCCCGCUGCUAUGGGAAAGCAUGCCUUGGUUUAAGAACGCUUUGGUUUAAGAACGGACUUCUGGAACGGAUUAAGUUCAUAAACCAAGGUCCAGUCAUACUUCGGGUUACAGCUGCUUCAGGUUGCAUUUUUUCGGGUUACGCACCCGCCGAAACCCGGACGUACCAGAACGGGUUACUUCCGGGUUUUGGCAGUUGUGCAUGCGCAGAAGUGCUAAAUCGCGCUUUGCGCAUGCACAGAAGCACCGAAUCACAACCUGUGUGUGCGCAGACGCGCUGCUGCAGGUUGCGAAUGCUGCAGGUUGUGAACGUACAUCCCGCACGAAUCACGUUUGCAACUCGAGCGUCCACUAUACUACUGUUACAGUGGUACCUCGGGUUACAUACGCUUCAGGUUACAGACUCCAUUAACCCAGAAAUAGUAUCUCGGGUUAAGAACUUUGCUUCGGGAUGAGAACAGAAAUCGUGCUCUGGUGGUGCAGCGGCAGCAGCAGGAGGCCCCAUUAGCUAAAGUGGUGCUUCAGGUUAAGAACAGUUUCAGGUUAAGAACGGAUCUCCGGAACGAACUAAGUACUUAACCGAGGUACCACUGUAUUUCAUUUCUCACUUAAUGUUCCUGUCCUAGCCAGUAGGUGGCAGGAGAGAUCACAGUACAUUAUGUAUCUUUUAGCUAACAGGCCCUGGUUCCCUCCAAUAAUGCUUAGGAUGGUUUAUCAAGCAGAUCACCUGUGCAUUCCCCUUCUCCUGCAAGGCAGAAGUUCAACAGGGGAAGCGUUCCUCACUGAGGCAGCUCUGGUAGGAACGGAGCAUCCCUGGGGUUUGGGACCUACUCCCAAGGAGAGGAAAAAGGGAGACUUGAAAACAGAACAGCUGCAUUGAAACAGCUCUCCGGAAGAGGUCUGCUGAAAGAUUUGGUGCUGGGAAGAAUCUGGGGAAAUCAGAGGGGAAAUCGGGUAUUAUGAGCCAACAUUUCUGCAAUAAAGCAGAGGCGGGAGAUGGUGCCUCUUUUGGCCCCUUGGCCAGAUGUGGCGCAUAGAUACUGUCUCUCGUGAUGUGCCUCUUCCCCAGAGAUAUAGCAGCAGCAUCCAUCUCAAAGCAGCGCUGCCCUCCCAACCCCCCAAAUCCAUAUCAGAUCUGAACAUAGCAGAAUCCAUCAAUAGUUCCUCUUUCUCAAGCAUUCCUCAGCAAGCCAAGCCAAACUGGUUUCGGCCCCAGUCAAACUGGUUUUUUGGGUGACCAACGCUUGGAGGUGGGUGUGACCUCCUUGCACAUUCCCAGUGCGUUUUCUGAGACAAAGGCCACCAGCCAACGGCCUCAUUAAUUCACGAAACCUGCAAGCGCCUCCUUUGUGGGUUUGCUAGCUCCUCCUAUAUCAGAUGCAUUUGCCAGAUGCAGACAUGAAUGGCUGGACUAGCCGCCUAGGUUCCCUUCCCUGGCAUAUUUGCCUUUUAAACAUUGUAGGGUUUUUUUUAAGGGUUCUGGGAAUUGUAGCUCUCUGAGGGGUCAACUACCGCUCCCAGGAUUCAAAAUCCUCUUUCUCCUCCCCCCUUUUUUCAAUUUUUUAUUGGAAAUUUUAUUUACAACAUAACAUAAACCCCCCACCCCCAAUACAGAAAUCCACCCCCAUUAAACGUGAACAUAACAUACAAUGAGCAUAACAUACAACAAUACAAACAACCAAAUAAAAGACUUCCUUUAUCCUGUAUCUUGUUUUGAUUAAUGUCUGCAGGAGACUUUGUGGAUAUUUCAGUUCUAAUUAGAAAAAUCUUAAUAAUUAUUCAUAAUGGAAACAGCUUAUAAGAAGUAAAUAAGGAGGCCAUAUACCAAAAUCCUCUUUCAAAUGGAGAUUUUGCAGUUGGGAAAUUGAGGGCGGAAUUCAUGCAAAGUCCGGGAUGAAGGAACCACCAAGGGGAAAAUGUGCAAGUACUCUGGAAGCAGUAGUAUUGAUGGACCUGCUCCUUAUCUGCUAUUGGGUCCCCUGAGUGCAGAUUCACACGAAGUGGCAACCAACCUUGCAGGAUACAACAGGAUUUAUUUGAAAUGCAUAGGCAGAACAAAGGUACAGAGCGAUCAGCUCGCAAUCUGCACACCCCAGUCAGGGUGCGCCCACUUUUUAUAGACUAUACAAAAAAACAGAGAGUGAGACUUUACAUUCUUAUCCAAUCAGGCUCUAACAUUCCAUGUUUCUCCUUUUGAAGGUUAACACUUCUUAAUUUACUCAUCCUUUGUUUGUCUGCCUGCUACGGCCUUCCCUGUCUUAUAACAGUUGCUUUGUUUGUCUGCCUGCUUAUGGCCUUGCCCGUCUUGUAACAGUGGCUUUGAUAACAGCAUGCUGGAAUUUCUAUUUCUGAGGCCCUUCAGAGAUGCGCAGGGCACCUUUGUGAUACGCACAGCCACUCUCGCUUUCUAAGUUUAUAAAGUCUCCUGUGUGUUCCUGAAUGCAUAGUUUUAGAGCCUGCAAAAUAAAUCCCCCCCCAUGUUGUUCCCAUGAGCCUUCUGCAGAGGGACUCUAGGAGCCGAUCCUCACUGGCCAAUGCACUUCUUUUCACACCGAUUCAAUGCAAAGGCUUCUUUUUUUUUUUUAAUAAUGUUUAUUAAAAGUUUCAGAAUUACAGAAAAAAAGAAAAAAUAGGAAACAACACUACAAUACAUAAAAAAGAAAAAAAAACACAAAGCAUAAAAACCAAUACAGCAAUACAGCAAAAAAAUAAUAAAAAAGACACAAAUCCCAUGUUACAUAUCUUUAACUUCCAUUUGCUUGUUUCAUUGACCUCCUCACACCUCCCUUUUUGUAUUCUAGUUUAAUUAGUUAUUUCAGCAAAUUCUUUCCAUCUUUCUCAAUUUUUAUUGAAUAAUUUAUCUUAACAAUUUAACCUAUUAAUUAACUCAACAAAUCCUUUCCAUCUUUCCCCAUAUUCUGUUAUUCAAAUUGCCUUAAUUUAUUUAACCUUAUCUUACCGUAAAAUACCUUAAAGCUUGAAACUUAAUACUCAAUUAUACAUAGCUCCUUAUAUCAUUUCUACUAAAACCAUAUAGUUUCAUUCCAACAUUUUCCCUAAUAUUCAUUAAUUUUAGGUUAAUUCCCUAAAUAAAAAUUUUUCUUUAUAAAUUUUCUUCCAAUCUUCAUCCAGCGUCUCUUCUUCCUGGUCUCGGGUCAUGUCAGUCCUUACUGUCCAUUCCAUCUAGUCCAUCAACCUAGUAAUCUUAUGUCCAAGGCUCUUAAGUCUCUUCCAUGUCCCUUCUGCAGAUCUUCUUCUUCUUGUUUAUACCUGCACUUUUCCUUGUAUUUUGUUGGUCUCUUUCUUAAUUUCUUUCCUUUCUCAUUGAGGAGUAGGUCUCUGGGAGGUUCAAGCCCUUCAUCAAACCAACCCAUUCCCCACAGUCCCACUCCCCACAGACAUCAAUGUAAUCCAAAAGAUAUUUAAGAGCAUAUUUCAAAGUCCCUCCGAAGUUAAGAACCUCCUCAGCUCCAGACUCCCCCUGGCCCACUCCAACUUCAAUCUUCAAAAACAGCGGCUUAUGCUCCUGCAGGGCCUCAGAUCUCUCCAUUUGUAACACCGGCUUAUGCUCCUGCAGGGCCUCGGAUCUCUCCAUUUGUAUUAUUUGAGGUGCAACCGCAACCUCCUCCAUUAUCUUCUGCACUUGCCCAAUCAAUACAGGUUCCUGAGUUGGUCCCUGAGUGGUUUCUGUAUCAAUAUUCCCUGUUUGUCCACAGUUAUUGACCACCACAGUCAUCAAAUCCGUUUUCUCAUUCAUCAGAUCCAUCUUCUCAUGCAUCUGUUCCAACAAAGCACUUGUCUUGCAUAAAGCAAGCACCAAAACUUCCUCCCAGCUCAUAUUUAUUUCAAGGUCGAAAGGACUGGUCCCACGAUCUUAAUCUCACAGCUGUAGAGUCCUCAAGUAAAGUGCAGCAACAAUUUAGCAAGCUCCCUCUAGAGGCGACAAUUUCUAUUUGUAUCCAUCUUUUUAAAGCAAGUCCAACAAAGGAGAAUUACUUUCAUUUUUCAGAUAUUUUGUUUCUUUAGAAUGCAAAAGGCAACAUUGGAAUCAGUUUAUUUCUCUUCUUUAGCUAUCUGUCAAAGUAUUCCAUUCACAGUCAGUAAACCUCUCCAACAAUUUCUGUCUCUGACACCCCGUUCCCAGGUUAGAGACGGUGGAAACUUAUCUUUCUUCACUCCCUCUCCUGCAGGCAUUAAACAAAGUCCCCCCCCCCUUUUCUCCUGCUUCCAAGGGGGUUUUAGUAGUUAUAAAUGAAGGAAGUUUAGGCUUUUUUAACGACUUUCCAGGCUUUAGCUUACAAGGUUUUUGCUUCAAUCUAUAUACAAAAAGCGGAAGGCGGACUUCCUGUUUUGAACCUUCCCGCUUCGGUGCCAAAUUAAGAUAUUUCUUGAUCCAAUUUUCCGUUUCUACUCAUGGGUACUUGUUUUAAAUCCAAUUGUCCACAGGAAAAGUCAGCGCUCUCCGGCAAUGGCUGUGCGGCUUCACUCCGUGAAAGUAGCAAUCAGUUCGCAGCACCGCGCCGCUCACCCCACUUCACUCCGGAACCCCGAAAUGGGGUUCCCCGUGAGUAGGGGAGGCGCUCCUGGUACCCUGCCGAACCCCACGUUCCCAGGCUUCCUCCGCCUGGGAUUUCUAGCGGGUCCCCACCUUCGCCGCGGCGGGAAGACCCAGUUUCCACGGAGCCAGUUCCUCCGGUCAGAGGAACUCCGCCAUUCGCCGAUGGUGCUAACCCGGAAGUCCUCAAUGCAAAGGCUUCUUCCCCGUGGCCAGAAAUUCCUCCUUUCAUGCUGAUCGGGUGUCUCUGGGAUGUUGGAGACAGGGACCCUGCUGCGAAAAUGGAAAUAGACCUUCCCCACCCCCAGCAACCCCGAAAAACUACGCUUCUGCCCAUAAGCAAAUCAGGAACGAAUGCGAGACGGAUGCUCAUUGUCGUAUAAUUGCCCCCAGAAAGAAAUAGGAGAGAAUGCUCAAUUAAUGACCAGACACAGUCUAACCUCCGUGUAGCCCUUGUGCAAGCAAAUCAGGACAAACGCUCAAUGCUGAGGUUGCCCAGAGGAACCCCAGGAGGAGGAGGGGACGGGAGAGAUUGUCCCUUUGAGGAAAGUUUGAAAAAGCUGCCUAUGUUUAGCCUGGAGAAACGACGGUUAGGAAGCACGAUAGCCAUCUCCAAAUAUCUGACGGGCUGUCAAUUAUAUGAUGGAGCAAAUAUUUUCCUGUUGCUUCAGAGCGAUGGCUUCACAUUACCCGAGUGUUUGAGGAAGGAGUGUUUGUGCAGGAACUGGCUCGAGACAUUGUAGUGCCUGAGGCGAACCACAAAAUGGCGCCCCUCCCAGCCAGGGAUGAAGGGCUGAGUGAAGAUUUGCAUCAGGAACAAGAGGAAAUAGAGAUCGAAUUCGGAAACAAAGGUGAGAGGAGACAAGCAGCACCUCCUAUUCGCCAAGAGGUCCCAAGGAGCAUGAAGCAGCUAUUGUUGCCAUCACGGCAACAUCAGCCGUGGGCCUUGCAUUCCUUGGAAGCCAGAUAUGCUGUCCUUGUGAAUGCUGCCGCCUGAGGCAGUUGCCUCACACUGCCCCAUGUGUAGGCCGGCCCAGGCCGUAGCGCAGGGGUAGGCAAACUAAGGCCCAAUUGCCUUCUCAAUCCAGCCCGCCGACAGUCCAGGAAUCAGCGUGUUUUUACAUGAGUAGAAUGUGUCCUUUUAUUUAAAAUGCAUCUCUGGGUUAUUUGUGGGGCAUAGGAAUUUAUUCAUCCCCCCCCUAAAAAAAAUAUAGUCCGGCCCACCACAUGGUCUGAGGGACGGUGGACCAGCCCACAGCUGAAAAAGGUUGCUGACCCCUGCCGUAGCGCAAUGCUAGAGAAUCUGCCACAGAAGAUCCUAAGGCCGAUCCCUCACAUCUCCCGGUAGGUAGUGUAGAUAGUAUUGAACUGUCGGGCCCGUUGCUGUUCAAUGUCUUUGUAAAUGACUUGGGUGAAGGAAUUGAGGGGAUGCUCAUCAAAUUUGCAGGUGACACCAAACUGGGAGGGGUAGCUAAGGUCGCAGAAGACAGAAGCAGAAUUCAAAAUGGCCUUAACGGAUUGGAGAACUGGGCGCAAGCGAACAAAAUGAAUUUCAAUAGGGACAAUUGCAAGGUUCUGCACUUAGGCAGGAAGAACCAGCUGCACAAAUAUAGGAUGGAGGACACCUGGCUUACUAGCAGUACAUGCGAAAAGGAUCUAGGGGUCUUGGUGGACCAUAAGCUGAACAUGAGUCAACAGGGUGAUGCAGCAGCAAAAAAAGCUAACACUCUUCCAGGCCGGAUCAACAGAAAUAUAGUGUCCAGAAAUAUAGGGAGAUCAGAGUACCACUCUAUUCUGCCUUGGUCAGACCACACUUGGAAUACUGUGUCUAAUUCUGGGCACCACAAUUUAAGAAGGAUGUUGACAAGCUGGAACGUGGGCAGAGGAGGGCAACCAAGAUGAUCAAGGGUCUGGAAACUAAGCCUUAUGAGGAAUGGUUGAGGGAGUUGGAUGCAUUUAGCCUGGAGAAGAGGAGACUGAGAGGAGAUAUGAAAGCCAUCUUCAAAUAUCUAAAGCGUUGUCCUUUUGGAAGAUGGAGCAAGCUUGUUUUCUCCUGCUCUGGAGGGUAGGACCCAAACCAAUGGCUUCAAGUUAAAAGAAAGGAGAUUCUGACUAAACAUCAGGAAAAACUUUCUGAUGGUAAGAGCUGUUUGACAGUGGAACAGUCCCCCACUGGAGGUUGUUGGCUCUCCUCCCUUGGACGUUUUUAAGCAAAGGUUGGAUGGCCAUCUGUCAUGGAUGCUUUAGCUGAGAUUCCUGCAUUGCAGGGGGUUGGACUAGAUCAGCAUUUCCCAACCUUGGGCCUCCAGCUGUUUUUGGACUACAACUCCCAUAAUCCUCAGCUAGCAAGACCAGUGGUCAGGGAUGGUGGGAAUUGUAGUUCGAAAACAGCUGGAGGCCCAAGGUUGGGAAACACUGGACUAGAUGAUCCUUGGGUACCUUUCCAACUCUAUGAUUCUAUGGACUAGAAGGACCAGUGGACUGACUCAGUGUAAGGCAGCUCCCUGCGAACUUCCUGAUGCUCCAGGUUGUUUAAUAGUGGUAGAGUUGGCCUUGGAAGAGGGUGGACUCGCCUUCCACCUACGAGGGAGGCUGUAGCACCAGAUUUUCUGCAUUGAUAGCGGGUUGGAUGCCUUGACCUUUGAGGUUCCUCUGAACUCUGUUCCUCCUUAAAGAGGAACACGGCAGGAGAUGUGAGGGUUGACCUGACCUUGUGUGUGCUUUAAUGUCAAGUUGUGGAAGCAGGCUUCAAUGGCGAGGCCCAGACCCAGAACAUCUGAAGGGAGGACCAAAUCAGACACGGUGUUAAAGUGGUCUUAUCCUCACCCAACUGUAGUAUACAUUUAAGGGAUUACCGUAUUUUUCAAUACGGCUCAAUAAGACGCACCAGACCACAAGGUCCACCUAGUUCUUGGAGGAGGAAAACAAGAAAAAAAAUAUUCUGAAUCUCAGAAGCCAGAACAGCAAGAGGGAUCGCUGCGCAGUGAAAGCAGCAAUCCUCCUUGCUGUUCUGGCUUCUGGGAUAGCUGCGCAGCCUGCAUUCGCUCCAUAAGACGCACAUACAUUUCCCCUUACUUUUUAGGCGGGAAAAAGUGAGUCUUAUAGAGCAAAAAAUACGGUAUUUCAGGCCUUCCAAGUGUCUCUAUUUUCCAGGGACGUCCUCGAUUUACAGAAGUUGUUCCAGUUUCUGAUUUGAUCCCGGAAUGUCCCGCUUUCCCUUUUUUCCUUUUUUAAAUAUAUUUUUUAUUAAAUUUUCUGUUUUACAUUUCAAAAUAUUCAUUUAAACAACCUGAAAUCAAUUACCUCCUUGCAUAUCAAACCAAACCAUUCAGUAAUCUAUUGUUACAUCCGUCAAAGCUUAUUUACACUGUUUAAUUCAUCUUAAUGCUACCAGCAUUUUUAAAUAAACACAAUUCCCCCCAUAUAUUCAGUAAACAUUUUCCGGUCUUCUUAAAACGUACAUUCUUCUUGUUCUCUUAUUCUAUAUGUUAAAUCUGCAAGCUGCACGCAUUUCAUCAGUUGUCCAGCUUUUCCUUAGGAUGUCCCUGUUUUCUUUGGAUAAAUUUUGGAGGGUGUGUGAGCCAUCUGAAUACAGCCCUGUAUCGGGAAGGUUUUUUUUUUGUUUUUGUUUUACUGUUUACUUUUUUAUUAUGUUUUAUAUAUGUUGGAAGCCAGUCAGGUGGGGUAUAAAUAGUAAAGUUGUUGUUGUUGUUGUUGUUGCUGUUGUUGUUGUUGUUGAAUAGGAUGUCCCUAUUUUCAUCAGAGAAAUGUUGGAGUAUAUGUGUAUUGUGCCACUUUAAAUAGCCACAGCUUCACCCAAAGGAUUCUGGGAGCGGAAGUUUGUUAAGGGUGCUAAGCAGAGCAUGCCCAGCCAUUAGGUAAGGUGAAACACCGCCUCAGGCGGUCAAUGUCCCCAGGUGACAUGCCUGCAGCUGCCCUGCCGCCUCUUUCAGUAAUGGAGAAGCACUGCUACUGGUGAUGCCAAUUUUGGGCAAGAUCAUGUCCAUUUGGAGCGAGAUCUCACUGAAAACAGGAGCCAUCUUGCCUGAAAAAUUGGCGCCAUCUCCACCUGGGCAAGGCAGCAAUUCUUGCCCCGGUGCUGAGAGUUGUUAGGCGGCCUCUUAUUCUCCCCCCAGAACUAUAAUUCCCAGAGCUUUGCAGGGAGGGAGAUUGAUAGCUGAACUGCUCUGAAUUGUAGCUCUUUGAGGGGGAAUGGGAUCUCCUGACCACUCUCUGCCCCCUUAGCAAACCCAACACAUCAGACGCGAGAAAGCAUGAAAGGUCAUAUCUCAUUUGGUCCUGAGAAUAAACAAGGAUCUCUCUGAGCAAGUGCAGAGUGCAGUUCAGCCACCACUGCCUACGUGUAUAACUUGGCAACUCUCUGCUUUGUUCUGGGUCAGGCGGCAAGGCACACAACCGCCACCCAAGGAACCCAGACUAACUAGCACAGAGACGCCUCUGCCAAUGGAUAACCUCUGGGUGACUCAUUCACGCAAAUUCCCAGCACCACAGUGCUGUUUGCAGCACUUUUUUUUAAAGUAUGGGGCGGGGGAAUCCCUCUUCCCAGGAAACUCUGAGAAUUGUGGCUGUGGGAAGAGAAUAGGGGCCUCCUGCAACUCUUAACUCCCAGAAUUCUUAGCAACUCUCACCAAUCACAGCUCCCAGAAUUCUUUGGGGGGGGAAGCCAUGACUGUUUAAAGAAGAUUCCUAUCACAGAGCUAGAAUUCCCAGAGUUCCCUGGGAAGAAAGAUUGGUUGUUAAGCUACUCUAUUAUUGCAGGAAUUUAUGUAUCGGUUGGGGGGGUUGCCCCUCCAGCAGAUAUCAUGCACAUGCAGCCCACUACCAAAAUCAGCACAAUCGCUUUUGCGACUUCGUGAUUUGUCCCCACAAAACACUUCAUCACAGUUUCUUCCCAUCUAUUCAAAGGGCCUUUGCUGCACGACACCAAAUGUAAGAAUUCACUGAUAAAUGUACUGGCUCACUGGGAAAACUUCAGAAAUUCAUAUGGACAUGUGAGCUCAGCUGCUCAGCAGCCCCUCUGCCUGAGUGAUAAUUCCUGGCAUCCUGAUACCUGAGUGCCAGACAGGUAGCCAUUCCAGAAAUAACAAACCCAGAUGAAGACAAAAGGGUGUGAUUAACUUGGCUGGGAAAUAGGGAAAUGUAAAUAUCUCUUUUGUUACACUUGAUGGGUGUUUGGUGGAGGGCAAGGGGAACUAUGGGGCAGGGUCCAGGAUGCUCAGAUUACUGCCAGCAGACCUCCCCUUUCAUGAUGUAACCGUGAUGUAGUUGGGGUGUGUGUGUGUGUAACGUGGGGAUUAGCAGCUAAUAAACGUUUGGGGGUUCUUUUGUUCGGGGCUUCCAUUUUGUUUCACCUUGUGGCAGGUGGCAGUCCUGUCGUGACAGCCUUCAAUAAAGACCAAGCCUACUGGCUGCUGUUUUGCUCUGGCAUUCCUGGCUGGUGUCCUUGUUUUUUGUCCAAGGGAGCCCUCGGAUUUCUCUGUUAACACUAUGAAUUGUAGCUCCAUGAGGGGAAUUGUGGGAUGUAUCUCUCCCGUUUUCUCAACAAGCAAACUUUGUGCGGCAGGCAGAAAUCCAACCGGUGCAGCUUGGGCUGGCGACGGAGGUUCUGUGUGCAACAGAUAAUUACACCCUGCCUGUCUCGGAAGGCACCCCGCUCCCUCCACCUCCCUGUACCCAAAUGCCUGCAGCCAGCCCCACCUUUCCCAUCUCUCUGUCACCCUGCCGUCUAACUAGUCAGGUCGGGUUAGGACUGGGAAUGUGUGGGUGAGAAGCACAAGGGGAGAGGAAGGCAGGGAAGGCGGAGGCAGAAAGAUCCCUUCCAGAUCUUGUCUCCUCGUCCUGGGCGGAAGGUGAGAGAAAAGCAGAAUUCUCUUUGUUUUUCCACGUAAGUGGCCAGAAGGGGUGAAUGGUUUGUGCAGCGCUGUUAUAACCCGAUCCCAGGCACUGCGCAACUCAGAAGGAAGCCCUGCUGAAUCUGGAAGCGAGGAAUUAUAUGCGGAGCCUGUGUGCAAUGGGUCAGUGGGUCUGGCUGUUAACCAGAAGGUUGGUGGUUCGAGUCCACCCAGGGAUGGCUGUGGGCAGAGGAAUCCCUUCCAACUCUAUGAAUCUGGACCCUGUUUUUUGGGGGGGGGGCAAGGAAAGAUGGUUCUGGAGUGGGGAGCAUAUAAAUCAAUGUCAAAGCUAAAACAAGGACCACUCAGAUUAUUUAGAAGACAUCUGAAGGCAACCCUGUUUAGGGAAGUUUUUAAUGUUUGAUGUUUUAUCGUGUUUUUAAUAUUCUGUUGGGAGCUGCCCAGAGUGGCUGGGGAAACUCAGCCAGAUAGAUGGGGUACUGAAUAAUAAUAAUAAUAAUAAUAAUAAUAAUAAUAAUAAUGUGGUACCUCUGGUUACGUACUUAUUCAUUCCGGAGGUCCGUUCUUAACCUGAAGCACCACUUUAGCUAAUGGGGCCUCCCGCUGCCGCCGUGUCACCGGAGCACGAUUUCUGUUCUCAUCCUGAAGCAAAGUUCUUAACCCGAGGUCAUAUUUCUGGGUUAGCGGAGUCUGUAACCUGAAGCAUAUGUAACCCGAGGUACCACUGUAAUUAUUAUUUCCUCAAACAGCAUCAGUUGGGAGUAUUAAUCUGCGACAUUCUACCAAUACAACAUCCCCCUUCUUCUUCUCCUUUUGCAAAAAAAUCAGAUCCCCCCACUCCGCUUUAGAGGUUUAGAGUAUUGCUGCCAUUGUUGCAUUUCUAUCUCACCUUCCUCCCGAAGAGCUCAAAGCCGCACGCCUCCUUCUCCCUUGCUCUCUGUUCCAUCUUCACAACAGCCUUGUGAGGGAGGAUCGGCUGGGAGGCAGGGUCCGAGGUCAAGCAGCGAGCUUCAUGGUUCAGCUGUGGGAUUUGAACCCUGGUGGCGGCACCUCUGGCCCUCGUUUGGUACCCUAACCAUUCUACUGCACUGCCACCUAACCAUGGGGUGCUAGGAUUCCUGGGAGGGGGGACCCUCUGAAGUCGGGUCCCAGAGAGGGGAGGUUUGUAGCUCACCCCACAACUUGCCCACACCAGCCAUGGCACAGAGCCAGCACACCUGGGCUGCUGGUUGGCUCAGUCGAAAUUUUAAUAUCCCAGGACAUUCCUGGCAGGCAGUGAGUCAGGCUUGAGCGCCUUUGACGCUGGCCUUGGGUGAUGAUGUUGCUCCCGCCUCCCCACCCCCCCUCCCACAGGCUCGCACCCCAAAGAGGCCAGACGGGCACCAGGAGGAGGAGGAGAAGGAGGAGGAAGCAGUAAUUGGCAUAGGAUUCCGCCGGGAUCAGUAUCCUCUCGCAAGAGCAACGCGGACAAACCACCCUGUGGAAUGGAACAAGGAAGAAACCCAGGUGCCCAGCUGAUUGCCCAGUCUCGGUUUUAA